AGAUAUCAAAUCCACACUGGCCUCCAGCAUUCCAUCAUCCGACCGACUCAGCCGAAUUGCCUUCCCUUGGAGAACGUCACCCUUCCGCAGAAACUGAAGAAUGCUGGGUACUCUACUCAUAUGGUGGGAAAGUGGCACCUUGGGUUUUAUAAGCGAGGUUGUAUGCCUACGCAGCGUGGCUUCGACACCUUCUUUGGCUCUUUGUUGGGUACCGGCGACUACUACAACCAUUACAAAUGUGACAGCCCGGGGAUGUGUGGGUACGAUCUUCACGAGGGGGAAGAAGCUGCCUGGGAGCAGGACCGUGGCAUCUACUCCACCAUUAUGUAUACUCAAAAGGCUGUGAAAAUCCUCGAAUCUCACAAUCCGAAUCAGCCAAUCUUCCUCUACUUGGCGUACCAGGCAGUGCACUCUCCCUUACAGGUUCCUGCUCGCUACCUCGAACGCUACAAGUCCAUCCCAAACUUACAUCGUCGUAAAUAUGCUGCGAUGGUCAGCUGCUUGGAUGAGGCUGUACGCAAUCUAACUCUUGCUCUCAAGCAGUAUGGAUAUUAUGACAACAUGGUUAUGGUGUACUCCUCAGACAACGGAGGCCAACCAAUGGCAGGAGGCAGCAAUUGGCCACUCCGAGGCAGUAAAGGGUCUUACUGGGAGGGAGGUAUACGGGCGGUAGGGUUCGUACAUAGUCCUCUACUGAUCAAAAAGGGCACUAGAAGCAGGGCUCUCAUUCAUAUUACUGAUUGGUACCCAACACUGGUGAUGCUUGGUGAGGGAACGCUAGAUGAGGACCAGAGUCUUGAUGGCUAUGAUAUCUGGGAAGCCAUCAGUGAGGGACGUCCUUCACCUCGAUUGGAUAUUCUCCACAACAUAGACCCCAUCUACACCAAAGCCAAGAAUGGCUCCUGGAAAGCAGGCUUUGGGAUCUGGAACACGGCCAUUCGGGCGGCUCUCCGUGUCGGUGACUGGAAGCUUCUGACUGGUGUGCCAGGAUAUAGUGACUGGAUCCCACCGCAGACUUUCUCCACCCUGCUGUUGGCCAAUCGUUGGCAAAACGAGCGUGUGAGCUGGGAUCGAGGCAAGUCUAUAUGGCUCUUCAACAUCACAGCUGAUCCAUAUGAACGAGUGGAUCUUUCCCGACGAUACCCACAUGUGGUGAAGAAGAUGCUAUUCAGGCUUCUACGGUACAACAAGACAGCCGUGCCGUGCCGUUACCCCCCCAAAGAUUAUCGGUCCAAUCCUCAGUAUAAUGGGGGGGUCUGGGGCCCCUGGUACACAGAUGAUGAUGAACAUGAAGAUGAGGAUGAUAACCAUCUCCAAUAUGAUUUAGAACAGAUGAAGAGUUGGAAGAAAGGAAAACGAAGAGGGAAAUUCAAAAGAAAGACCUGAGGUCUAUAGAAUUGUUGGCUUCCAUUUUGUUUGACAUUCUUGGUACCGUAAUGAACUCAGGGAUGUAGAAGUAAUGUUUCAAUUCAUGAUCUUUCUUUUCAUACUUUAAAUAUGUUAUAUCCCAGUUCAAUGUGCAGAGAACUAUGGAGUGGAAACACUGUGGGACUUUCAAAGCUUCGCUCUUCAUUGUAAAGUAUUAAAUGUCAAAGUUCGGCUCAAGAAGUUUUUGGUCAGGACAACCCGCGGCAGACUGGAGGAGUGGAAGAAAAGCUUUAGAUCAACUCCGUUUGGUGCCUCUAAAGCAGGGCUAUUUAAUUAGCUCCAUUCGAGGGCCAGAUUAUUCAAUCGAAAAGUUGAGGUGGGUC